GUCGACAUCAUCAUCCACAACACGGGCGACGGCUGCAUGGACGUGGUCAAGGUCAUCUACUUGGAGAAGACCAUUUCCUCCAAUGCCCGCAGUGGGCACGGCUUUUGUGCUGUCAAGAAGGCCACGCAGUGGGCGUUAGCGAGGAUGUGUGGUCGUCAUGUUCAUUGGCAUGAGCUACACGAGAAGUCGCCAGACAAGUCGCAGUGCAGCCUACAGAAGGCAAACUCAAGCCAGUGGUCGCCUGAAAAUGAUGAUCUUGCAGAGGGCGUCCGCUACAUCAACUCCUUUGCCCCGGAGUGCGACGCGCUCAACGAGCAAACGUUCUGGAUCCUCACGAACAUCAAGCCCGACUGCGGCUCCCCCGUGGCUGGCUGGCCAGAAAUGAAAGUCAGAUGGAGCGGUCGGUACUGCGAUGCCCGCAUGGCGAAGAGCUCCCGGGGCUCUUGCCUUCAGAUACAACACCCCGCAGCUUUCUUCCAGCUGGUGGGCCCUCUUUUCGAGUUCGCGCGCAUGAAGGACAUCCUUGCGGUCAUGAAGAGAUGCGUCACCUUUGUGUUCACGGAAUCCGCUUUGUGUGUCCGCCUGCCCUCCGAGUGCCACGAUGCCAUAGUCCAUCGCAUUACCAAGGACAACAUGCACUUGGACUUGUUGGCACUCAAGGACAAGCAUCUCUAUGGCAGCUACAAGAAUGGUGUUACGCUGUACGGUCCCAACCAUACAGCCGAGGUGGCACGGGAGCAAUCUAUGAUAGGUCAUGGCGUGGAGCGCAUGGCUCAGUUUUUUACUACUGUCAAGAAGUACGUGGAGGAUUGCGAUUGCAGACAUGGCUUCGCCCUGUUCGUGUUCUUCCGCGGCUCAAAGUUCCGUCGCAUCCGCAGCAAGUCGCCUGCCCGUGGGAUUGCAGCAAUCCGGACAACUGUCUCCCCUGCUAUGUCAGAAGCACCUGAUCAUCCUGAUCAAGCCGACACCUUGCUACCAGACAUCGACGCUGAUGCAGCCGCGCCUACGAGCCUGGAGCCAUCUGACGGCGUGCUGGCGGACUUCGAAGCUGAUGAGGAUGUUGUCAGUCUGAUUGCAUAG